CCAGGCAGCCCUCAAUUUCGCCUAUCAGCUGUUCAUCAUCCCAUGAAGUGUGAAUGCUGCCAAGUCUUGAAACGGGCUCUGGGCGCGCUCUCACUCAAAAUAAUAGUUUCGCAUCUUUCUUUGUAAUUCUGUUUGCGCCAAAUGAAAGUGUUUUGCGAAAUUACAUUGCCUAGACAUUUUUGUGUACUCUAGUAAAUAAAUAACUCAUUACAAUCGCAAGGAAUAGAACAAAAACGCCUAAACAAAAAUGAGUUUAAGUCUCUGUCGCAAACGUCGCACCAAAGAUAGCGAUUCUUCCACUAUAUGCACCAAUACUACCAUUGCUACGCAGGGGAUUCCCGGGAGUGCGCGACAACGGCGAAGGGCCGAGCUUCCUGUGGAGCACCAGGAAAAGAACGCGGAGUCGCAAGAUGACGCACCAACUUGCAGUCUAGCAAAGAGACCUAGGCGCACUGAAUUGCAGUUGUCAAAUACUCAACUAGCUCUAGACGCUUAUCGCUGUGGAAAAAUAAACAAAGUGGUAUUGGUAAAUUUUAUGUGUCAUGCACAUUACUGCAUCGAAUUGCAUCCGCGCGUCAAUUUUAUGGUAGGACGUAAUGGUUGUGGCAAAAGUGCUAUACUCGCGGCAUUGGUAGUAGGGUUGGGUGGACGUGCACGUACUACUAAUCGUUCAACGUCAUUGCACAGUUUAAUUAGAAAUGGUCAAAACAGCGGGCGUGUCGAAAUCACAAUCUCCAAUGAGGGUCCUGAGGCGUUUAGGCCCGAAGUAUACGGCGAUCAGAUAACAAUUGUGCGCAGCAUUACACAAACAGCUAGUAAUUACAAAAUUAAGAAUGCGAGUGGACGCAUUAUAUCGGAGAAAUUUGACGAGUUGAAGCGGAUCAUGGAAAUACACAAUAUACAAGUAGAUAAUCCUGCAUUCGUUAUGAACCAAGAUAGUGCGCGAGAAUUUCUAAAGGACAUGGAACCAAAGAAAAAUUAUCAGCUUUUUCUGAAAGCCACACAACUCGACUUAAUUCACAAUCAGCUGAUCAAAUGCCACUAUGAAUAUCAGGAUCACCAACAGCGCUUAAAACAUAUAGAAAAGAAAUUGGAACAGGACCAGCAAAGAAUCGUUGAACUCGAAACGGAACACCGCAGAAUGUUAUCAUUUGCACAACUAAAACAUGAAAUAAAUCAGAAAAAAACUGAAUAUGAGUGGUCAUUGGUGAGUCUGUUAGAGCUUGAAAUCAGCAAAAUAGAAGAAGCCCUUUCAGAAGCUAUGUGCGAACGAGAAAAGCUUGAAGAGCGGUCGCAACGAAAAAAUGAAAUUGAAAGUGAGCACAAAGCGGAAAUAAAUCGUUGCGCGGAAAUAAUCAAUUUGAGCCGUGCAGAAUACAAGGAAACAAAUCAAAAUUGUCAAUCUAUCAAUGCGAAAUUAAAAGAAAAGAGAAACAAUUGCCACAGUUUGCAAUAUGAUGUCGAGAACUGCAAGAAGAGAGUUUCGCACUUGGAAUCGUUAAUAGUUGAUUUGCAGCAAAAUAUUGCGCAGCGUUCAAAAUCAAUGGGUGUUGAAGAGCUACGCCGUCACAAUGAAGCUGAACUUAGCACUUUGCGCAAAAAAUGUCGCGAAAAUAAAGCAAUGAGCAUAUCAGCCAAAAGGGAGCAUGAAAUUUUUGUUGAAAACAAGUCACAGAAAGAGGAGGAAUGUAGAAAUUUCAAAUACCAAAUGAACAACUGCAUUAGCAGAAUUGACAAUCUCAAGCACGAAAUAGCAAACUUGCAAGCGAACAAAAAGAAUCGCUACUCCAUUUACGGGCAAGACAUGCAAGCGCUAUUGAAUGAAAUCGAGCGUUGCUGUCGCGCUCAUAAAUUUAGCGAGCGACCGCGUGGUCCCAUCGGCAGUUAUCUGGACGUGCCGGAGCAGAAAUAUCGUAACGCUGUCGAGAAUCAAAUUGGCGGCAUGCUGCUGCGAGGCUUCAUAGUGAACAAUACUGCCGAUCGUAUGUUAUUGAAUUCGAUUAUACGUCAACGUUGUCCCAAUAUGCAAGUGACAAUUGUAACGGCGAAAUUUUUAAACAAGGUGCACGAUGUUCGUGCCGGACGCGUUCGUCCACCACCAGGCACAUGCUUACUGUACGAUGUCAUCAAGUGUCGCGAUCCAGUCGUUAUGAAUUGUCUAAUCGAUCAAUUGAGUAUUGAGACAAUACUGCUUACAGACACAAAGCAUAUAGCAGAAAAUUUGACCAAGCAACAGGAGCAGGUGCCGCAAAAUUUACGUAAAAUUAUAGUAACCACUGAACCGGCUUUAGAGUACUACCCCGAUCCGAAGUUUCGCAUGUAUGCGUUUAAUAUAGGGCCAGCGCGUCUUAUACAAGUGAAUGUGGACGAGCGUAUCAGUCAACUCGAGCAUGAGUACCGUAAAAUCGAAAAUGAGCGUUUAAACUUUCAACAAAAUUAUGCAAAAGCAGAACGUGACAUGCGUGAUUCUAUGCAACAGCUUAAUGAAAAAUUAGUUGUAUUGCAACAGCACUCAAAAGAGGUAAUGCAAUUGGAGCAACGCAUUACCGAUUUGGAGAAUUUCGAGUAUCCAGAUACGAAUGAAUCACGCAUAUUGCAAAAAGAGCUCGCCGAAAAUGAAGAAAAACUACAGAAAUACUCGGAACAAUUAGAGCAAAAGAAAGUAGAAUGCGCUAAAGCUGAGAAUGAAAAACAAAAUGUGGAAAUCGAACUAAAAAAGCAAACAGACAAGCUCAAUGAAAUACAGAAUCAAAUUGAGCAAAAAGAGAAAGAAGUAAAUGAAUUGCAAAUGCGCUUGCGCAACCUGUCCGGAAGCUUCCAAAAGUUUGAAGAGAAAAAGAGUCGCAUAGACGAGCGUUUAAGAGCGGAAGAGUCCAAUAAGUUGCUCAAACAAAAAAAACUCGAUGAAAAAUUAAAAGAGGCACAAAAACGUGGUGAUCGUUGUCACACUGAGCGCACGCCUGAAGAAAUUCUCGAUGAAAUAAAAGUGAGUGAAGUUAAAUUAAAGCAAGGUGCACUGCUAAAGCAGGACCCGCAAAAGCUGGAGGAACAGAUUAAACGUUUAAAACGUACACUGUCCGUCGAUCGGAAUACGCUAAAAACAUUUCGUCUUGUCAGUGCACAACUGCGCCAAUCCCAAUCGAAACGUAGGUAUUUUGUGAAAAACUUCAGAGGACACAUGGUGACGAUGCUGCAGUAUACAUUCAAUAAAGUGCUGAGUAAACGUCGCUUUACCGGCUCCAUAGAAGUCGAUCACAAAGAGCAAAUAAUGGAAAUUUCGGUUGUACCACGCGACAAUCACAUCGAAGAUGCAGUCACAAAUACGCGCGCGCUAUCUGGUGGCGAGCGUUCAUACACAACGGUGGCCUUUCUAAUCUCGCUCUGGGCUUGUGUUGAUCAUCCGUUCUUCUUUCUUGACGAGUAUGAUGUUUUUGCGGAUGAUGUAAAUCGUGAAUACAUGACAGCUUUACUAAAAAAUGAGGGCGAAAGGCGUGCAAAUCGACAAUUUGUAUUCCUCACACCACAAGACAUGUCCAUGGAUGCAUGUGAUUUUAUAGGAAUACAUCGUCUUGCAGAACCGAUUCGUAACUAGCAUCUACUCACUACUAAGCGCCUGCUUUGUACACGUUUACAUAUGUCGUUGGUGCAGUGCACUUCGUUUCCAAAUUAUGUACUCUGCAUUCGUUCGUGCCAGCAGUCCCCAGUAUUGUUUGAAUUAAUGAAAAGUUAAUUUUAUAUGAAUAUUUUGUUUUUGUAUUUUUUAUAUAUAUAAGUUGUACAUGUGUCCAUGUGAUUACACACAUUCCUAUAAAGAUUAAUGUAUGUAUGUAUAGACAUCAUCAGAAGUAUAGAUUUCGAAAGAUCAAUAAACUGUGUAUUAAACUUGAA